UUCGGAGAGAAAAAAAAAACGUAAAACCACACUAAUUUUUCAAGAAAACAUAUGUCCUUUGUUGAACAAUUUCUAAUUUGCAAAAAAAACGUAAACUUAUAGGAUCCAGUUGGAGAUCUCUUGCUUAUGCCCAAGAAGAACAAAGCAUUUCAAUACAAACCACUGGUGUCAGAGGUUUUCCGGUUAUCGCAAAAAUGAUAAAGGCUAUUUUGGUGUUUAAUAAUCAUGGAAAGCCGCGAUUAUCAAAGUUUUACCAAUACUUUGAUGAAAGUCUGCAGCAACAAAUCAUUAAGGAGACAUUCCAACUUGUUUCGAAACGUGACGAUAAUGUUUGCAACUUUCUGGAGGGUGGCAGUUUAAUUGGUGGCUCUGAUUACAAAUUAAUAUACCGCCAUUAUGCCACAUUAUAUUUUGUGUUUUGUGUGGACUCGUCUGAAAGUGAACUGGGCAUUCUCGACUUGAUACAAGUGUUUGUCGAAACGUUGGAUAAAUGCUUUGAGAAUGUUUGUGAAUUGGAUUUGAUAUUUCACGCCGAUGCCGUUCAUCAUAUUCUCUCAGAGUUGGUUAUGGGCGGAAUGGUGUUACAAACUAAUAUGAACGAUAUAAUGGCACGCAUUGAAGAGCAGAAUAAGCUGGUCAAGCAAGAAGCUGGCAUAUCAGCUGCCCCAGCACGGGCCGUUAGUGCCGUGAAAAGUAUGAACAUUCCACAACAAAUUAAAGAUAUAAAACUACCUGACCUACCACAGGCAAUAAAGGACUUAAAGUUCUGACAAAAUUAUCAUGAUUACUCUGUUAGACACACAGAUUUAGACUAAUCUCUUUUGAGUUGCGUUUCACAUCGAUAGCCUUUCGUAAAGUCCAAAUAUGGCUGCCAACAAUUAUUCCACAACUGGUAGUUGUAAAGAACAAAUCUAAGUUAAUCAUCUUACUUUUGAAAUUAGUUUUGUUAAUCUCAUUUUGCUGUUUAUGCAACUAAAUAAAUACUUAUAACAACA